GACCCUGGAAGAGACUUCUUCAGAGUAAAGUUUCACGGAGAAAACGAAGAUGAUGUUCAAAUGGAAGUUGUUCCUGCCUUGAAAGGAAAAACCCUCAAGGAUUCUCUUGAACCACUGUUCUCCAGCCGUGACUUGAGUUUUCUAACCCAUUCUGUGUUCUUGGAUGCAUCCAACACUCCUCUACCUCUUGCUUUUGACACUUUCCCCAUGGGUGGGAACAUGCUCCAUGUUCGAGCUAAUGGAGUGGUGAAGGUUGACCAAAGGGUAAUAGACAUAGUCCAGAAAAUUGAAGACUGCAAGGCACCUGAUUAUGAACAGAGACCUCGAAGCAAAUCUUUUAUGGAAAAUGGAUCACUAAGCAGAGCAAAAGGAAACAUAAAAAAACUGGAGCAAGAAGAAAGAGAAAGAGAAGCCAAGGAGCAGCUGAAAACUGAGGAAUCUUGGACUGCAGUUGUUGAUCCUAAAUGGAUAGAGAAUAUGACCAAGAAGGAUAAAGACCAGCAAGAAGCAACUUGGGAGUUAUUAAGUACAGAAGUUACAUACAUACAUAAGAUUAGCAUUGUAAAGAAGUUAUUUAUACUUUGUCUUAGAAAUUUACAGAAUGAAGGAUUUUUGAAAGACAUUGAAAUACCCAAGUUAUUCAGUAACAUAGAAACUAUUUAUGAGUUAAACCUAUCCUUCUGGUUAGACUGUCUUAGUGAUGUUGUCAAAGAGUCUAGAAAAACUGGUAAACCAUUAAACCCAUUACACAUGAGUGAGAGCUUUCCAAUGUUCGAUAAGAGAUUUGAACCAUACAUUACAUACUGCAAGGAAGAAUCACACUGUUUGAAGUAUUUCAAGAAGAAGAUGCUUGAAAAUGAAGACUUCAGGACUUAUAUCACGUGGUGUGAAGAACAUCGGUUAUGUACAAACAGACUCAAACUGUCAGACUACCUCGUCAAACCGAUGCAGAGACUGACCAAGUACCCGCUGCUGCUCAAAGCUAUUCACAAGAAAACGCAAGAUGAAGAGAUGAAGGAAGACAUCAUGUCCAUGAUUGCAACAGUGGAAACUUUGUUGGCGAAAGUUAACACAGCCAUGAGAGAAAUGUACGAGAAAAAUAAGCUCCUCGCCAUUACUAAACGAAUAAAGAACAACUAUAACGUGGUAGAAGCUGUUAACGACGAAAUGGAAAAGAUAUUGACAGAGUACUCGUUGUUCAAUCUGAUGGAUCUGAUGCCUGGGCUGGAUCAACAUCGAUGUGUUAUUGCUGAGGGACCUUUGAGAUUGGUAGAGAAACAGGGAAAGAUGGACGUUCACGUGUUUCUGUUCACUGAUCUGUUGCUGAUUACGAAGCCUAAGAAAGGAGGCAAAUACAGGGUGCUAAAACCGCCUAUGAUGGUUGAUAAACUAAGUGUGCACGCGUCAAAAGACCCAGGCAUGUUUCUUCUGGUGUAUAUGAACGAGUACAACACAGUGGUACAAGCGUUUGCGUUACAAGGAUCUAACAUUGACCAAGUGUAUUGGAUAGAAGCCAUCAAGAAAGCACAGAAAUUGUUCAUGAUCGCCCAACUGGAGCAUGGUCAACCUUACGUAACGUCUGCAACUGAUACGGGCGAAUUGAUAAGUCCAUCUUCUUUCGUAAAUAUGCCAGAGCCUCCGCAAACACGAAGACGUUCGGCCAUCUCUGUUGAAUCUCUGGACUCAGAUGAUGAAAUGGGACUAAAUGAAGCAUUCCGAGUGAACAAUUUAACGAGAUAUCCAUCAGAUGGAACCAUUAAUACAGAGAUAAACCCGGAGAAUGAAGAAGAAGAGAAAAAAGACGAAGAAUUCAGGAAAAGGAAAGAGUCUGUUGGAAAGAAGAGAGAAGUCACAUCGAAAAAGACUUCUUCUUCUCUAACCGAUUUAACUAAUGUGAAUCCCGAAAUAGUGGUUCACAAAGGCGCAGAUGAACUUAUCCAGAAAAUACCGCCAAUCAAUCCCGAUAUUAGCCGACUACGUUCCGAGGGUGUCACGAAAGUAUCCCGAUCAUCUUCGGCGCCUCAGAAGGAAAGGCGGAAAGUGGAUUCGUCCGUUUCGUUGUCUCGUUCAUGUUCCGAACCAAAAGAAUCCAAGAAAUUUUUACGGAAAACAUCAAAGGGUGAUAUUAUUACAGAAGGGCUUCCACUAGAUACCUCCCGAACAUCUAUUAGCUCGUCGUCGCUUUCUGCGGACGAAGCGCCGAAGUCCGAAUCCGAGUCCAGUUCGUUACAAACCUCUCUAGAUCUAACAUCCUCAUUCACGUUGGACAAUCAACAAGAAGACUCCAAAGAAGACUCGAGUCCAAAUGUCUUUGAAUCGCCUGGACAAAAUGAAUCAUCCAGCGCAUGCGCUAUGAGUGAUGAUAAUGAGCCUUGUUCUCCAGCCUCUGACGUUUCUUUGACGUUUGAGACCAAACCAUCUGAAGACGAUUCCGGCCAUUCAGGUCGUCCAGUUGUUCGCUCGGCCUCAGCUCCAAUGCCUCUCGGUCCAAGGGAAACCAGGCCCCACUCUGAGAGUGGUGACCAAGGUGCGACAGGAGAGACUAGUGAUGAGGAAGCAAAAUCAGCAACGUUCCCGCGUCGUAGCGGAAAUCGUAAGAAGACAAGCCCAGGCCUUAAAGCUUUGCAGUCCCUGUCAGAGUCUUUGGAAAUACACCUCAAGGAAUCUCCAAGUAAACAACCUCCCCAGAUCAAGUCACCGCUGAUUGCACAGCAGAAAUUACAGUCAGCCAUCAGCGGUCCCAUAUCUAGUGAACCACCCCGCAGGAAAACCUCUCUUCCAAGACGGUCCUCACCGCUCAUGUCUAGAAGACCCGAAUCAUUGAUGCGGUCACAGUCUUACACCACUCUCGAUUCCUUCUCUGCCUCACCAGACAGAGUGAAGGAUUUUCUAACUUUAAGUUCAGAUUCCAGUGACCACCCGGGUAACGAGAGUAAUGACUUCGAUGACCCGAAGGAUGGUAUUCACUUAUCAAGUCUUAAGCGAACAGAGUCGGAAGGUUCUCGGUUACCAGUCAAACCUGACAGAUUUCAUUAUUCGGGAUUGGAUCUAGGGUCACCUGAUUCGAUAGAACGAACUUCGCCUAUACCACAAAUCAACGCGGCCCCCGAAACACGACUUCGUAAAAAGAGCAUGUCUUUGACAGACUUACUGAGCAUAGGAAGGGACCUCACAAGCGGAAGGGAUAAAAAUAAUGACAAAAAUAAUUCACAUGCUUYGAAAAAAAGAGAAGAAAGAUUAUCCUCUGAUACUACAGAUGAUCGAGGUGAAAAGACUACGAAAAAGCACCAAAGAUUUCGACUUGGACGAAGCAAGAGUAAAAGUGGUGAGCGUGAAAUAAAGGAUGGCAUCGCGUCUGGACCCGAUAUCGAUAAACGGAAAGCAACUAAGCUGUUUUUGAGAGAUUCCUUGAUGCUCGAAUCAUCAGAAUACGUCUGACAUCAUUUAUACCUCGACGAAAAACUCCACAAAUCUUCACAAUUGUAAAUAAAAAUUCAAUUCGUAAUGAUGCAAUUAAUGAUGUUUAGAAAACUAAGUAACGGGCUAAAACCCAUCGGAAUAUAGUUAAUGUUUGGAAGCGAAUGAAAAUCUUUUAUUUUAAAAUUAAGCUUGUUGGGUCAGAUGUACUCGAGUAUCACAAGGUCUGUAACAUAAGUCACGCUGUCUGUAGAUGUCACCCAUGUUUAGUGCAUUUGUUCUUGUUAGGUCACGUGAUACUUGGGUCGUGUGUCCUUAUUACAGCACGUGUGAGAUACAUCUUGAUUGGGCCAUGUGGUAGUUGGGUCUUAUGCUCUAAUUGGUCACUUGAAGUUAUUAGGUCGCUUGACAAGAUUAGGUCACAUGACGUUAUUAGGUCACGUGGCGUGAUUAGGGCACGUGACGUAAUUAGGUUACGUGACUUUAUGAAGCACAUGACGUUAUUAGGUUAGGUCACGUGGUAAAUGGCUCUCCCAAUCAUGUCUUGUGAUAAUGUAAUCUAUUAUAGAGCAGGUGCAUGUUACGUCAUUGCCGCCAUCUUGGUUGACGUUAACAAAGCAUUCCUCAAUAGCUUCUCUUGUUAUAUCAACCAAGAUGGCGGCUGUUACAUUGUUAUUCACAUCUCAAGGGAUUUUGAGUCACAUGGUUGCACACACUCUAUACCUUGACCAUACAACAUAACAGUAAACCUACAACCAUCAUUAUAUAGUUUUCAUCUGUGGGUGAUAUGCAGUACUUGCUAUCAAAUAAUCAUAAGCUAGUGCUCUUGUAAAAAAUGAUUUAUUUACAAAAAUCGUGUAGUAUUUAUUUGUCAUCAUUCUAAAUGAUGUCAUGAUUAUUAUUUGUUGUGUUAUUUAAGUAGCAUUAAGCAAUCGUGAAUGCAUCAGCACCGUUAGAAUGCUGCUUUGCCAUUGCAGCCAUCAUCAUCGUCAUCAUCAUCUUUAUCAUCAUUACAUUGCAGUCUCAUAAUCAUCCUUUAUCAUCUUCAUUAUCAUCAGCACCCUUAGAAUGGUGCUUGUCCAUUACAGCCAUCAUCAUUAUCAUCAUCAUCAUUACAUUGCAGUCUCAUGGUAAUCCUUUAUCACCUUCAUUAUCAACAGCAACCUUAGAAUGGUGCUUGCUCACUACAGCCAUUAUAAUUAUCUUCAUCAUCAUCAUCAUUAUAUUGCUUUAUCAUAAUCAUAUUCAGUUCAUAUCACCUCCAACACGUAUGCAGCACAAAAGACCUUUUUCACGCAGCAGCGAUGUUUUCCCACGAGAUAUUUCUGCCCGUUGCAUGGUUGCCGCGUAAGAAAGGUCUUUCCACGAAACAAACGAUUGCUUUUAAAUGAUCUUUUGCCCGCUUUGCAGCGAAUACAGUGCACCCGUUGUAGGUAAAUAUGUAAUCGAGUUCCAAUCAGAGCCAAGCUCAUUAGAAUAUAUGACAAUUUCGAUAAAUAUAGUGUGAAAUGCGGCUUAUUAAUGAGACUUUUGCAUGAUGGCGUCAUUUGACUCCCACUACCAUAAUCCUUCGCGAAUUUUCUUUCUUAUUCAAAUUCGUAUUUCCUCAUGAGAAUAGUAAGACAAUUGGUGCUAAUAAACUGAACAAAGGAAUGUGUGCAAGGGAUUCUGGUAGUAGAGGUCAAUGACGCCAUCAUGCAAACGUCCUAUAACAAUGUGUUCAUGUAGUGUGGUGUGAGAUUUAGCGAAAAAACACGUGACUUUAGACUGCUCAUGCGCAUGACACUGGUGAAAAACGCACUGCGCACGCUCGGAGAUGGCGUAGCGUAACUAAGGGCAACUUAUAUUUUUUGAUGCCGGUGUUUUGAUUAUUUUACAAAAUUGCAAAACUUAAGAAAAAUACUGAAAACUUAAGGUUGUCCUUUUCGCAAUAGCAAGAUAAUUUCGAUUGUGAUACACUGCUGAUUUAUACAAAAAAACUUUUGUUUAUACAAAGCAAAAAUAAUCAUUUAAAAAUGCCGCCACUCGCGGCCCGACGACGACAUCCAGCAUUGCUAAUUUGAAGAUAAUCACAUAGUCGGAUUCUAUGUAAAGAAAUUCAAAAAUAUCUGUAAAAUUUCAAAACGAAUAUUUAAAAAAUAGCCCUGUAGAUGUGAUCAAUUGUUAUUGUCCGCCAUUUUGUUUUUUCUCCCAACGCAUGCGCAGUGCGUUUUUCAUCAGUGUCCAUGCGCAUUAGAAUUAUGAGACAUAUCACGUGAUCAUAUUCAUAGCCCACGUUCUGCAGUACCAUAAAUAAAAACAGCCACUUCUGGAUUUUGUCAAAGAAUAUCUUUUAUGGUUUAAUGAAUUUUAAAAAAUACAUAUAUUUUGGCAGUAUGUUUAAAAAAAUUCUGUAGCAAUUUAAUUCUUGAAAUAUUUCAAAAACAAAGAUGUUUGAUAAGUUUUUAUCUUUAUUUUGUUUAACUAGUCGACCAUGAAAAUGAAGAUUUUAGUUUUUGCAAGAUUUUCUCUCCUAUAUGUUUCCAGAAGAAUUGGAUUUUUAAUGAUUUGAAAUAAGACAUUUAUUCUUCAGUCACAGGUGACCCAGUAAAUUCUCAAAGUGGACGCGCGGUUUUUCGGGAAGGAAUAAAGUUAGUGUUAGUCUUAGGGAAGAAAUAAAUGGAAUAGUCAUUGGUAAUGAGUAUAUCGUUAUUUAUAAACAAAUAGGAAUGCCGAAAUACUCGUCCGUUGAUGUUUUUUCAAAUCAGUUGUAAAGUCUUUCUACAAAUUUUAGCAGGCAACCAGUUCAUUUGAUUAGAGAGUGAAAACCAAAUGGUUUGCUAAUUAACCUGGUUAUAUUCCCCCAGGGGGAGGGAGAGGGUAAGGGUUAUGUCGGCAAUAUCUUGUAUCCAAGCCUUAUUGAUUCUAACGUGCAGUAAUAAAAAUUAACCCUGGUACGAGAUAGCAGUUAUUCGAGUUACACCUCUAUUUUCUUCAAACGAUUGUUUUAACUCGAGGAAAUUGGGUCAAUAUAAUAUAAUGCAUAUAAACUGACCCAAAUGUAACGAUUGUUUGAAGGCAAAUAGAGUGUUACUUUAAUAUCUACUAGAGUACAUAACAUGUAUCCGUGAAAGAAAAUUUGUGAAAUUUUUUACAAAACUUUUCACGGAUAUAUGGUAUACACUUUAUUAGUAUGAUAUAUUUAAUUUUUCUAAAAUGUCACGUAGGACAUAUUCAGUAACGUCGUAAACGACUCGAAGAUUUCCCGAACACUUUUUACUAUGACGUCACUCGAUCAAUAUGGGUUUGCGUGGUUUUCCACACUAUUGCACAAUACUUGAAUCUAGAAUUAGUGUGAAUUGUACAAGAAUAUAGUAUAGUGCUUGGUUACUUUAGUGUUAGUGGUAUUUAUAUUAUGAGUAUAUGAUAUCGAUUUGAAUGAAUCACUUUUGUAAAAUAAACAUUAUUAACAGUU